AUGAGCUACGCCGCGGCGUUGGAUCUGGUGCGACCUUCUUCGCAGCUCGGACGCGACGCGAAUGUGUCGCACCACACUGCAAGCGAUGGACCGUUCAUCGCGUUGCACUCAGACUUUGCUUCUAUCGUUGGUGCGAACCCCAAGUUGGAUCUGAUCGCCAGCACUGAGAAGAGUCGAGGGGGUACGUACCCAUCUCCGACUGAGCCCACCCCCACUCACUGCCACCCCCCGCCUGUAGGACCUCGUACGGGGUCAAGCGAGCGGCUGAUGCGCCCCACACUGAGCCCCACUCCUUAUUCAUCGCCCAGGCAACGGCGUAUCUUUGUUCCACGAAGCUGGCGUGUGGGCCCCCCAAACAAAGGGUAGCGACCAAGGUGACGUCUACAUCACCUCCAACAUCAUCGGCAACGACCGCGAUGGUCUCGAGAUUAAGGUUUGCCGCCUGCGUUUCUCCACCUCGUCGGAGUCCGCGGCCAAGGUCGCACCGUCGGUGAGUCCAUACCCAAGUACUCGUGCGCUUCCCUGUCCAAACUAAUGCACACGCUUGUCUUUUGGCAGAAAUCCGACUCGUCGGUGCUUGUAGUGCCCGGGGUCGAGUACGAGGACUUGCAGCAUCUCGCGGAUGAGGUUGUCAUGGCGAACGGUGCGACCGCGUACGGAUCCAACAUCCUCUGGUGCUCCCAAGGCCAACACAAAAAGUUCACUGCUCCGCUCCGAAUCAAGCUCGAAUCGUCCGAGGAUCCCAAGGAUAAUCGUGUGGCGGGCUCACUUAUCCUGGUCCGUUGACCUCUUCACCCGAGAGGACCUCAGAAUCUCGCCAGAAUAGCUUAACUCGGCGGGUGCGCCCGUGCUAAUGCGGUAUACUUGAAUCUUGAAUUACUUUUCAGAGUGAACCCCAAGCCGACGGGACGUUCAAGAAUCGGACUCUUCUCAACCACUUCCGAGGCCGCGAAUUCAACGCCCUCAACGACGUCGCCGUCCACCCGCAAUCGGGCUGCAUCUUCUUCACAGACCCGGACUACGGUCUCGAACAAGGCUUCAAAGGACCCUCGCAGCUUCCAAAUGGGGUUUGGAGGUACUGCCCCAAGACGGGUGCUCUGGGAAUGGUCGCGGAUGGACUUUGCAAGCCGAAUGGGAUCGUGUGCUCGCCUGAUGGAAAGACGUGCUAUGUCACCGAUACGGAUUACAUCCAUGGCGAUGGUACGAUGGUUUCGACGCGCAUGGGCGCCAUGUACGUCACUUGCAGCUCAAUACCUCUUCAUAGCACGAGUGUCCCCUGAACCAACUUUUCCUCACCCUUCUGCGUGCCCCCAGCUACGCGUACGACAUCCUCCACUACGACAAGAUCCCCCAACUGCACAACAAACGCCUUUUCGCCCUGGUCGACUGCGGUGCACCCGAUGGAAUUAAAGUCGACGAACUCGGCAACAUCUACACUGGCACAUUCGAGGGCGUUGAUGUGAGCUGCACGCCAUCGUGGCAGCUUCCUGUCAGAAAUCGUCGAGCUGACCCUUUUCUCACUAGGUCUACCACCCCGACGGAUACGCUCUGGGCAAGAUCGUAAUACCCAAGGACGACGAAGGCAAUCAACGAGGAUGUGCGAAUCUUGUCUUUGGCCCCAAGGGCAAACUCGUCAUUCUCUCCGAGACGACAGUCUGGGUCGCUUCGAUCGCGCAGAGCGGGGAACUUAAAGGGCUCGAGGUGGCAUGA